GUGGCCGCCGGUAUUAUCAGUUGUUGCGUUUACAGCUUACUGGAAUUGGGGUUACUGGUUAGCGCAAACGUGCAAAAUAUGUGUGCAAUGGUGCUAGUGGUGCACUCGGUGGCCAUUGAUGGCAACAGCAGCAACAACAACAAUAAGUAAUAACAGACAACAGUCAACAACACGAUCGUGUUCGUGAAGUGAUCUUCACGCCAAAAACUGAAAAACAGCGACGCAAAUGGCGGGGUUGUCGAAUCUCCGCCUCGGGAUAAAUAGAAAGUGGAUAGGAUAAAUUGAAUUGCGCUUGAGACUCUCUUUUUUUUUUUUUUGAAUUCCCGUAAGAUGAGCAUUUACAAAAAAGUUGACUUUUACGAGCUGUGCCGGCUUUGCAUGUGCGUAGGCGGCAAGAAACACCAUCUGUUCAAGAGUCGAGAGAGCAGCGAACGACAGCUACAGUUCAAACUGAAAAAGUGUAUACCCCUCCAGAUCAAAGAAAGUGAUAGCUUACCAAAAGGAAUAUGUGAAAACUGUAUAGCAAAAAUGGAUGAAUUAUAUGACUUUAUAGAUCAAUGUGUUAAUACUGAAUCCAUGUUAAAAAGUUACUGUGCAACUUUAAGUGUUUCUGAUCAAGCAAAAUGCCAAGGAAAAGUUUAUGUACGAGAAUCUUUGGAUAAUAAUUCUGCUAGUACAAAGAAAAAUAGCAGUUCUGAUCAUUCUUCAUCUGUGCUUACAAUGCAAAGUCUGUCCAACCUUGUUCAAUCUGGCUCAAUACAAAUAGUAAAUGAUGUAAACAAUAGAUAUCAAGAUUUUUGUAAAUAUGAUAAUAUGCAGCAAGUUAUAACCAGUACAACAAAUGGAGUUGAAUCCAUGAAGUAUAAUUAUACAAUAGCCAAUAAUUCAAAUCAAUCCGUUCAAACAGAUUCAUCUAAUGAAGAAAACGACGCUAGUGAAAAUGUUCAAACCAUUUACUCUGUUCCUGAUAAUCCUAGUUCAGAUAAAGAAGAUUCUGAAAUGAAUAUACACUCUUUAAAUUAUGUGACUCCAUUAACCGUUGAACCAGAGAUUAAUUUUCAAUUUAUUAAAUCAGAUAACGAUCAAGAUUCUGACUUGGACAAUAGUAAGUCUAAUGAUGUAAGACCAUAUAUGAAUGGGUUUUUACCAACGGAUGGAGCUCUUGCAACGUGCACUGCGUGUGGGAAAGUAUUAGAAUCUGAGGAAGAAAUUGUGAUGCAUAGUCAAGUAUGUAAAGCUAUGAACAAUAGAAAUGUUCAUAAUAUGCCAACUAGAAGUACAAGAGAUAUGAUGCCUCCAAGAUUUCCUUGUGAUGUUUGCGAAAAAAAAUUUAAGAGAAAAGAGCAUUUAAUUCAACAUAGGAAACUUCAUACUGGGGAGCGUCCGUACAGCUGUGAGACAUGCUCUAAAUCAUUUAGUCGUAAAGAACAUCUUAUGCGCCACAUGUUGAGUCACACUGGUCAACGAUUAUAUGGGUGUGAUUUGUGUCAUAAACAUUUUAGUCGUAAAGAUAAUCUUCACAAGCAUCGAACUACACAUGGAGUGACUGGACCUCUUGUCUGUGAAGUUUGUGGUAAAUCAUUUAUUGUAAAACACUAUUAUGAUAUGCAUAUGGCAACACAUAAUGACAUUGAGGAUAGCCAGUUACCAUAUGUGUGUGACAUAUGUAAGAAACGAUUUGCUACAAGUCAAUUUUUAGUUACUCAUCAGCUCAGGCAUCGAACCAAAGGUUAUACUAAUAAUAUUAAAUCAGAUGAGUCCAGUUCUGUUAUUGAAGAAUUACAAAAUAAAGUUGAUCAACAAGAGAAACAAAGUCAACUAUCUAAUGUGCCAAAUACAAAUACAUAUCAAGUAUCUUAGUAUCUUACGAAGAUAAUAUACAAAUUUUAUUUGUAAAUAAUUGAAAAAAGGUCUAAGCCCAAAAUGUUCAGGUUUUCAGGGUGUAAUUAUGGGUUCCUACAAACACUAGUUUUAGAUUUAAGUCAUAUUAUUUUGUACUUGAAUGUUACAUUUUAAUUACUGUCACACGACACCAAAUUUUAUGACUAUUGAAAGAAUGAAUUAGAUUUUAAGUUAUUUUUGUGUAGAAUAAUUUUUAUUUAAUUUUUGGUGAUUUUGCCAAUUAUUAUUUUUACGGAAAAUCAAAAUAUUAGUAAAUUACGUUCACAAUUAUUUUUAGUGCCUUUAAAUUUAAAUUACAUUACGCUGUCAAAUCUAAUCAAUUUAAGUUGAGGACAGAUCCUUAAAAAACAUAUCACAAUGUAGAUGGUUGAAUGUUCCAUACAUAUUUAUGUAGUUGUGAAAUCCUAUUAUAUUUUUUUAUGUUAAUGAUAGUAAAAAUAUGUACAAAAUAUACCAAAAAACUAAAGGAGAUGUUAUUUUGAAAUCCAUAAACAGACUGAUAUAAUACUAAGACAAGUUUAGUUAAUUGAAUUGCUCAUUAGAAUUUAAUAAAUGUUGUUUUAGGUCUAUUAUGGUCUUAAUUUUUACAAUUUUUGACUAAAAAAUUAUAUUUAUUAUGUAUAAUUCAACAAUUUAAAUUUAUUUAUAGUUAAUUUUGAAUAUUUAGUAAAAUAUUGUUUGCCCACUUUAAAAGCCACAAAAAUAAUUCUAAAAAAUUGAAAAAUUUAUUUUUAAAUGUUCAGUUAGCCAUUUAGUUAGAUUUAAUUUACAUUUUAGUUAGUAUUUUUUUUUUUUGAAUUACAUGUACCAAUUACUGAAUUAUUUUUAAAAAUUGAAUUUGUUUUAUUUUUAUUAACUAAUAAUUUGAUAUAACCAGCCAUAUAAUAGUAGAUAAUAUUGUCUUUAAAUAAAGAGUUUUAUAAUGA